GCUGGAUUGUGUUUGCUGGUGACUAGCCUGGGUUAUCACUUCCUUAUCAGUUGACUGCCGGGUUCCCAACUACUGCCAAGUUGUUCUGGCUUCGGGCUAUGCAGGGGUUCAGGAGCAACCUAAAAAUACUUGGUACCUGGAACGAGAUCGGCUGUACAUUUCCUCUUUUACAAAAUUUGGGUAGGAAAGAAGUCCCUACUAACAGAUCAAUUUGAUCUUUGUCAGAUCCGUGGGAAGGUACAUCCAACGUACACUAGAACUUACAGCACGUACUACAUGUACUAGGUGUGCUAAGUAAGGCAUGGCUCAACAAUACCUACAGUACAUUGCCCCCCACCGGUGUCGCAACCUUGGCAACCAUUUCGUACCCUUGCAAGUUCCGCCCAUCACUUUUCUUCCUCUUACAUCAGGCGCAGCAACCAGGCAACUUGGAUUUACCAACUAGUUGUCCUCCUGGAAUAGUUUCUCUUAUGAUAUGGGGGGUCAAUUGACGGUGUUUCCUUCUUCAUAUUAGCAUUCUCUCUAAAUCAUUUUCUUUCUCUUUAUUUUCUUAUCGCACACCCUCAUUCAGUCUACCUACGACAGUCUUUUUAACGACAAAUACAGUGCGCCUCUAUAUUAUCUUCACUUUACUCAUAUCGCAUUCUCUCUCCUUUUCCGUCUAUGCUCUCGGUUAAAGUCGUUUGAUCACUUCCAGUUCCGCCGGCGUGCUAUGCGCAUCGGCCGCAUAUUUCCUUCUCGAUGUACCAUCUCCGACGUAUAUCUAUCGUCGCUGUCGUCCUCGGUGUUCUCAUCUUCCUCGCCGCUUUCUUACCCCGAGUCCUCAACCCCGUCCCGCCAAGUAAAGAAAAGCAGGACGCCGACCAACAAUGGAUUAAUACCUCACCGCAUUGGCUAGACCGUCAAGCAUGUCGCUGGCUAAGUCUAUGCGGUCUUUUACAUUUAAAAAGCGAUCCUCCGGCGAAGCCGAAGAUUCCCGAGGACGAUGGUCGGAGGCACGAGUUGAGGUCAACACCGGAAGAGGACUGGGAAACCGUAGCAAGAGGAGGAGGCAGUCAUAACAAAGGGAAACUUAGAGAGAUUCCGGACUAUGUAUUGAACUAUGCUCCCCUAGUUCACCUUUAUUCGCAAGAGUUCUUCUGGCCUUCCGACAUUGCCGACCACAUGAAACAUGUGUUACCGGACGUCAGCGAAGACAAGUGGCCGUCCAACGGGUCGCAAACACUAAACUUAGCGAAUCUGAACGAGCUGAGCUCCGAAUUAAAAUUCCAGUUUCUCAAGAGCAGAGACGACGUCGAAUCUCGCCCGCGAUGGCUCCACAGCAAGAGGAAUAGACCCAUCGCCUUUAGCGACAAUGAUGGGAAAGAAGAGCAAGAUCCAGAAGGAGAGCCAGACCGAAUACUUGAUGAUACGACAUGGUACGAUGUGGACCGGGAUCAUCCCCUACACCGAAUUUCUGACCCGCGCAAGUUACCCGGCGGUGGAGCAUCGGCGCGGCGCCUUCGUGCUCGUGAACAACAAAGGCUUAUCGCUCAGUGGGCGCAGGACGAUCAGAACACUGAGAAUAAGCCCGAUGAGUCCGGAUACUCUCGUGCACCAGCCACUCUUAUUCUAGUAGACAAAGGAUCUGGCAUUGUUGAUGCAUUCUGGUUUUUCUUUUACGCAUAUAACCUUGGACAAACGGUUCUUGGCACCCGAUACGGCAACCAUGUCGGCGAUUGGGAACAUUGUAUGAUUCGAUUUGAGUCGGGUGUACCCCGCGGCGUCUUCUUCAGCGAACACGAGGGUGGUCAAGCAUAUGCAUGGCAUGCCGUUGAGAAACGGGGAAAUGAAACCGAGAUUCAGAGGCCAGUUAUUUAUAGCGCUGUUGGAUCGCACGCUAUGUAUGCUACUCCUGGAAAUCAUCCGUACGUACUGCCUUUUGGAAUACUCAAGGACGUCACGGAUCGAGGGCCGCUAUGGGACCCGUCUAAGAAUCUGAGGGGGUAUUGGUAUGAUUAUGCCGCCACCAAAGAUGACGAGGGCCUAGAACCGGUAAAGGAGAAUGCCGACGAGCCGACGAGCUGGUUUCAUUACAAGGGGACUUGGGGUGAUAGGUUGUAUGGAUUAGACGACGCAAGGCAAUGGCGAUUAUUCGGCCAAUAUCACUACGUUACGGGGCCGCAAGGACCGAAAUUUAAAAAUCUAGGCAGGGAAAAAGUUUGUCAGACAUGGAGAUGCCGGAUCAUUCAUAGCAUUGCGGAAGGCAAGAAAGGGAGCUGGCAUUCAUAAGGCAGGCAUAAGGGAGAAAGGGGAUUUAUACCAUUACCAUACCACCAUAGAAAGGGGGCACUGUAGGCGUUUAGUUGGAAUUAUACCUAGAUACCCCAGCGGUAGUUGGGCAUGCGUUUUAUGUCGAAUGUUUAUGACAUUAUAUCGAUCUUGGAUGUUUGGAGAAUUGUGCUUGUAGAUUUGAGAGUGAAUGUGAAUGUUUUGGUUCGUGGAAACAGGUUGUUCCCUUGGCGAGGUUAAGACUAAGAUGGAUAUGUAGAUGGUAGGUAUGGGGCGCUUCAGCUCAGUCUUCACGUGUCCAAUGACUUCUCAUAGAAUCAUUCAGCUAUAAUGGUUCCGGACUAUCGGGCCAUAUUGAUCGACUAUAUCAUCGCGAGACAAUCUAGCUAUGUAUGUAUGUGCGUAGCAUCCGCCUUAGAGAAAUUGUAAGGUGUUCGUGGUAGGCAGGGAUAGGAAUACGCUCUCCGCAUUGCCGCCCACGAUACCCCAGGAUUACCCCGAAUUAGGCCCCUAACACUUUUUACCCCAGGCUAUAACGCGCGCUUUUGAUUGGAGCGCAUAGAAUGGUAGUGCUGGAUCAGCUCAUUUACAUCGCUAGAAUCGGGGUUUGGGGUUU